AUGAAAAUAGAAGACAUACACAAUAAAACCCUAGAGCUGUCUGAUAGAAUAGAUAUACUGUACAAUUGGAGAGCAACCGAAAACUUUCUGCAGUAUAUACAAGACACGAAAAAGGUUGCAGACGAGAUUAUACCUUUUCUUAAGGAAGGACUAGAAGGAAGCCAGGAGGACCAGAGGAAGGCCAUGGAAAUACUUAUGCGCAUACGCGUGUCGAGUGACGUAUCGUCGGAUAUAAUCGAUGGUUUGAUAACCAUCUUGGAGUCUGGAGUGUUGACAAAUAUAUCGCUGGCCGUUAGGUCUCUGAUUGAGAUAAGCAAGAAAACCAAGAUAUCGCCGCCCCAGCACAUCCGCAUAAUGUCUGCAAUGACAGAGUUUUUCACCGCGCUGACAAACGGCCUGCACUCGUCGGAAAACUUGACAGACACGAGAAAGACGCUUUUAUUGAGUAGCGAGCCGAUUAUUCUUCUUCUAUUUCUGACGCAGGUUUCCAGGGAGGUGUUCAUACAGAACGUGGUCCCGCUGGCAAGUGCGCUUUCCUCGUUCGCCUUGUUCUUCAUACAGAGAACAGACGCAAUCCACAUGUACCUUAUAAACGAGAACAUCAAGCUGCAGUGCAUCACCACGCUCACGCAGAUUAUUUCCCUCUUUAUGAGCAUGCUCAAGGAAAACAUCUCAGAAAUAGCGGCUAUUUCAUCUUUCAUACCAGAGCUAAGCAUAUUCCUACUGAGCUACUGCCCGGAUGACGCGAUCAGCAUAAAGAAGGACAUAUACCACCACCUGAGCGUCUUAAAGAUCGAAAAGAAGAGAAUAUUUGCGUCGUACUCGGAGAUCAUUUUGAAGGACGGCAUUUUGCUGCGCCCGAAAAACCCCGUCCUGAAGCUUCUGGGGCUCACGCUCUCCACAGAGUUUCUGAUCAUGUUCAGAGACACCACGCACAGGCACCUGUCUCUGAAGGUCUGCAGGGAGGCUGCGAAGAUUCUGUGCGAGUCCAACGACCACACGCUGAACAAGCUCUGCGCGAACGUGCUGGUGCAGAUAAACGACACGAUCAUAAGCGACAACAUUAGCCUGGGGGAGAAGGGGUUUUUCAUCCGCAUGAACUACAGCACGUUUGUGGCGGCCUUUAGAAAGUACAGCCAGAUAGAGGUCACGGACGAAACGAAGAACGUGCUGCGCUCUGUCAUACGGGGAAUGAAGAACACAAUGCACUACUUCUCGCUCUUCCAGAACAUUUCCUCCAACGCAAUUGUCUUCUCCCUGAAGUGCUUCAGCCCGUACGAGGUGCAGGACCUGUCCAAUAAUCUGGGCCUUGCCUUUAGGCCGUUCAACCACUUUGACUUGGAAAAGCGGACAGACAUCAUUAUUGUGUGCGAGUUUCUCCUUAUUUUCUUCUACUUGGACGCAGCUCUUUUUGAGAAGGUUUUGAUGGACAAUGUCGGAAUACUCUUUGAGAGCACAAAGAAGAACACAAAUAUGUUUGUCAUCUGGAGGCAGUUUCUCGCAUACGCAGGCGUGGCCAGAAAGUUCUCGGCAGUUAUCCUGCAGGAGCUCCUGAACAUAGUGCACAACGAGAAAGACAAGGAGUUCAUUGUGCUGGCUUUCCGCGAGAUAUUCACGUCGUUUGCCGUGCACACAGUCGAGAUCGAAAGCGUGGUGGCGGACCACCUGCAGGAAAUAUUCAGCAAGUGCCUGGUCUUUGAGGAGAGGCUGCUGUACACGCUGGAGAUAGUCAAGGACCUGUUCAAGGCCGCAGGAAAGGAGAAGCUGGAGGUGCUCCACAAGGAAAUGGCGCUGACACUCCCAAAGUUCUUUUCGAAAAUUGAGGAGAUCACGCGCCUGCACCCGGACAGGAUCGAGCCGGUGGAGCUCACGCUCACAAUUCCCGUGAAGAUUUCCGGCCUGCUCCCGUUCUUGGGGCAGAUGUCGAAGUCCCUCGUCAGAGCCCUCCAGAUGAAAAACAAGCUCGCAGGCGUCGCCAUGGAAACGCUUGAAAUGUGCGUGGAUAACCUCAACCUGGAGUUCCUCGUCGCAUACUUGGGGGAGAACAUAAACAAAAUAUUCACAAUACUCGUGGACCUUGUGCAGGAGGAGGAGAGCUCGGUCAUGGCCAUAAAGCUGCUGGGAAAGCUUUCGGGGAAGGCGUGCAACUCCUUCAGCGCGCCCGUCAGCAGCCCUGCACUCCAGAACUCAGAGCUCACCGUUAUAAUACCCGGAAAAACAGACAGACUCGCAGUUCCGCUGCACGAGAUACUCAGCGAGGCUGCAAGAGUGCUCUCCGGGGAAAAGCCUGGAAACAGAGAGCACACGCUCCUGCUUGUGGGGCACUAUUUCUACACGUUUUUCCGGUGGGAGAGCCUGUCGGAAGACGUUUUGCAGAGAUGGUGCACGCAGAUCGAGGGAAUCCGGAAGGCAGACUUCCAGGAACUCCACAGCAAGGUCCGCUCGGGCGCGUUCAGCCCCGCAGACGAGCCGUCCCACAUGGAGAAACAGUCCAGCGAGAUCCCGUGCUCGCUCAUAUCCGCGCUUUUCAAGUGCGCAGCAGGCCCGGAGGGAAGAGGAGGCGCGGGCCUGGGCCUGGGCUUGAACAGCGCAAUUUCCUCCGUCAUUGAAAUACCGCACAGAGGCACCCGAGCAGCACAGUACAGCAUAGACGCAGAGGCCGCAGAAGAGCAGGUUCCAGCCUACGCAGUGGAGGCGAAAAGACUCCUUGUCUCCGUGUACUCGUUCCUCGCAAUUUUCAAGGCGCUGGAGCUUCUGUGCUUUGAGGACUUCCAGAAAAUCGUGCAGGCAGACGUGUUUUGCCUCAUAGCAGCACUCACAAGAGCCUUUGGAGCCCCGGACACAGAGGCAGUUGCGCAGGACGUGCUCACUACAAUGUACAAUAUUUCCUUGAAAAUAUGCGACGACCGAGAAAAAACGUCGCAGAUGACUCUUUUUUACAAUAUUCUGCACUCUUUUUGCUCGGCCUGCUAUGCAUACAGCGACGAGGAAAAAAUGUGCGGAAUUAAGGGAAUUAUAUUUAUGACGCAGUCCCUGGAAAUAGGCGUUGGGUGGCUUCUGUACCAGGAAAUUCGCAUCGUCAAGGCGCUUUUCUCGUCCCUGGCCUCGGCAAGAUAUAACACCGUGGAAAGCGUGAGAGAGGCCAUUUUCCACAUCACCCGGGUCACGCACGACCCUGCAGUGGAGGUCGAGCCAACAUCGUCCGAACACUUUAUGCAGCUGAUUCUCACAUUUGCACAGGAGCUUAGCCAUCCCCUGGAGAGAGUGCGGCUCGUGUCCAGGGAGUGUCUGGACUACAGCGCAGAGCUUUUUGGGUCGGAUGUUUCCGUCUUUUUAACGCCUAUACGCGAGAAAAUACUCGCACAAGUUCUGAGUAAGCCCCUGCGCGCGCUUCCAGGGGGCGUGCAGAUAGGAAACAUGGAGGUUAUGACGUACCUCUUUGGGCUUAGGCCGCCCCUUAUGGGAGUUGACGAGAAGGUCGAGCGGUUUAUUGGGGAGGCCUUCAGAAUUAUUGCGUCUCCGAAUGGGACGAUAGAGCUGAAGCAGGCAGCGGUCCGGCUGUUUGUCGCGGCUGCAGUCUCCCCAGAGUUCAGCUCCGGGCACUCGCUCCUGAAAAUAUCGCAGGUGCUGAUUAAGGGCCUGUUUUCCAAGGAGGAGGAGAUAUGCGGCACAUGCAGGGAUGGGCUCAGGCAGAUGUACAUCCUCGGGAGAGAGCCAAACCGGGAGCUCCUGCAGUCGUGGCUUGUGCCCAUAGUGAACACAAUAGGCCAGAAGAAAACGAUGGGGUCCGUGAUUUCCGGGCUGGUCCACCUGCAGGAGCUCGACAGAGAAAUAUUCAAGACGGGCCUUGCAAGCAGCCUCCUGGAGCUGCUGGGCCCAGGAAACGAGCCGCUGCCGGAGGACACAGUCGACAUGAUAUACGAAAUAUUCGCAAAAACCCCGCAGCUGCCGGACGGAGAGUUUCUCACGCGCUCGAUACUCGCGUACAUGCACCACUUCAAGGGGAUGCAGCCAAAGACCAGGAAAAAGGGAAUAUUCGAGUAUUUGUCGCUGCGCCCGCUUGCAGCCAGCUUUCUUUUCAGGCUGGCAAACGACGACGACACUGCGUACUACAUACUGCACAGGUACCUGCUGGAAAUGCGCGCGCCCGAGCUGUUCAAAAUUCCAGGCUCGAGCGGGCAGGCCAGCACGGGGAGAAGCGCACACCCCAUGGCCGUCUCCGGACAGUCCACGUGGAGGCAGUACGUGCUUUCUGACGCCGCGGGGGAGGUUUUCUCGUGGGAUAACAUAGAAAGAAUGUGCGACAUGUGGAGAGAGUUCUCGGGAGACGCGGAGUUUGACAAAGUGGUCAGGAAGUGGUGCUUUAUGUCCGUGGACGGAUUUAUGCGGUACUACACCGCAGAAGAGCUGCGAACAGCGCCGGUUCGUGCCCCGCAGGAGGACGCAGAGACGGUGCUGAUGCUCUUUAUGCAGAUCGUCCAGAGUGCUGCAAUACUCUCGCUCGAGAGCAAAGUCCAGAAAAGAAUUCUUUUGACGGUUGAGUCGCUGCUCACGGAUAAGUCUGUUGUGUGCCUGGAUGGGCCGCCUGCGUGGAGAAUAGCCGUGGCCAUGGUUUUGAUCGGGGACGACCCAGAGGCGUUGGAGAAGCCGGUGGGAAAGAAGGCGCACGGGAGAGGCUCGGGCAGAGCCAGAACCCGGACAAGCAGCCCAAAGCCCCUGGACGUCGAGAAAAGGUCUCCCGAGAGGCAGAAAAUUGUCGAGUAUUUGAAGAGGGUUUUGGAGCUGGAGGCACUUGAGCCCGUCGACGCCAUCAGGAUAACUGCAUUCCUCGUGGAAUACGACGCAGACUCCUCCACGGACAGCUUUUUGCCCCUCAUCACCGCACACCCGGAAUACGCCCAGCACGCGAUUAAGGGGAUUGUUUCGCUCCUGAAAAGACACGGCGUUGAGCCGUUUAUUGAAAGCAUCUCCUCGGCGCUCGAGGACGAGACACUCUACAGAACGCACCUGUACGUUUUGCUGCCCGCAAUCGUGAAGGUCCCCGAGCUCUUCACCGGGUCGGGGAUUGAGUCGGUUGUGUGCACGAUGGUGCAGAGGCUCUUCGCUUCCGGAAGUACAAGAAUUGCGCUCAUGCUGUUGCAGGCGUCUAUUGUCUGGUACAGAGAGGGCUCGAUCUGCGACGAGGUUUCUCUGAUUCUCACAAAGGCAUACGUGACGCACUACAUACACAGCAAGGGAAAGGCCGGAGGACCAGUCGUUUCUGGGAUCUCGGGCAUGCUUUUCAGCGAAAGCCCGACUCCCGUUGUCCAGGAAAGACUCUGCACGCAGGCAGUGGCAAGCCUGUACAUCGAAGCAGCGCGGCACAAUAAGGCCCUCGCAGUGAGCAUGCGCCCAGCAGUUGCCGCGUGCCUGGCUGAGGCAGGGCUGGAGGCGCUCGAGCAGAUCGUUCCCGUCGCAGCGAAAGUGGAUAAAGAGUGCGUGGAGAGCAUUUUCCACAGCAUUAUUUCGACGGGAGUAUCGCCCAAGCUCGCCAUAACAUGCGCCGGCCUUCUGAGCGGAGAGGAGUAUGCGGAAAAGGCGCUGCGCAUCCUGGAAGAAGGCCUGAAAAGCGGCGUAAAGGCGCUCUCGGGCGCCCUCUCGUCGGGCCUCAAGCUGGCGCUGAAGUACCCAACAACGGAAAUACUUACGCUUGUCGCGCAGAUACUUUCCAAGUACCCGGAGGUGUUUAGGCACCCGGAGAUACCCGAAGUCGUUGUAAGCAUUGCGCAGAGCACAGGAGUUUCCUCGCCCCUUAAGCAGGCAGUUUUGCUUGCAAUGGAGUCGGAGGAGUUCCAGGAAAUUCGCCUGGGCCUUGUCCACACGGCGUACGUAGACCCGCAGAUGCACAGGGAGGAAAUUGCCGCAGGCUUGCAGCCGCUCUUUGUUAAGGGGCUUUCGUGCCCCUCCGACAGGAUUAGGUCGGACUUUUUCAAAGUCUUUGACGACGGGGUUUCUUCUCUCCCGGGGGAAAGGCUUUUGUACCUCUGCACGUUUGAGUGGGAGCUUUUUGAAAGAACCGCAUGGCUGCCUGCUUUCAGCCGGAUGGUUAUGUGCCUGUUUGACGUGGUUUCUUUGCGCACAGAAGUCUUCUGGGAGCUCGAGGAAAUGGAGGCGCUGGGAUCCCAGAAAGUCCCAGGCGGGGCUUGCCCCCUGCAAAGCGCCGGGUACGAGAAGCCGCUUUCGGGGCUUUUUCAGGAGUUCAGGAAGUACAAGGCCUCUAAGACAGACAUGAAAAACAGCGUGCUCGGCCUGCUGCACGGAAACAGUCUGGCGGCAGGGCAGGUUGCGCGCGUGCUUCUCCCGGGGAUUAUUUCGCACCUUUCCGAGCGCAUGAAGGGGUCACUCCACGCGAAAAUGGAGGACAUGCUGAUUCGCCUCGGAAAAACAGGGGGAAAGAUCUCAGAGAGUGCCGAGGCCCUGAUCGAGGGAAUUUCCCUCCUUUGCAAGUCCGCCCCCGGGUAUGCCCCGCUGCCGCGUGGUAGGGCCGUGGGAAAGAAGGGGAAAGACGAGAAAAAGGACUCCGGAAAGUGCCGGCUUUUGGAGGUCUCGCACUGCACGGGCGCGUGGAGCCUGGCCUCGGACAUACUGCACGACAGGCCAGAGGCAGCCGUGAUUUUCAAGGAGAUCGGAGAAACCGACUAUUUCCUUGCACAGCUGCGCAUAUCCGCGCUAUACCCGGAGACGGUGCAGGCCCUUCUUUUACAGCAGGUGGGAGACAUAAGGGCAGCGCAGACCGCGUACGAGGACGUGCAGGCUAAGGCGCAGAGCGGGAUUUUGCUCUACAACGAGGCAGAGUACAAGAUCUGGGAGGAGCAGUGGAUCGAGUGCGCAGCGUACAUGCAGCAGUGGGACCUGCUCUCAGAGAUAGGCGCAGCAACCAAGAACCAGGACCUCGUUACAAAGGCAAAGUGGUUUACGUCGGACUUUUCAAUCGAGUCUGAGAGGGCCGCGUUCAAGAACCUGCUUGACGGAGCAGAGUCCCCGGAUAAGGCUUUUUACGAGCUUUUCAUCAUAGGGGAAAAAACAGAGAGGUCUGAAGACGCGCUCUACAAAAUCGUCUCUUCCACAAUCGAGGAGAUCAGCAAGUACCCGAAGCUGUCCCCGCGCCAGAUGCACGCCGUUGAAAAGUUCCAGAUUGUCGUGGAGAUGAACGAGUCGUGGCAGCUCACGGGGUCGGACGACCUGAAGAGGGACCUUGCAGGGAUUCUGCUCGCGUGGAAGGAGCGCGUGCCCUUUGAGUGGGCGUCUAUCUCCUUCUGGUCGAUGCUCGUGAGGUGGCGCACGCACGUUUUUGCCUCUCUCUGGAACGGAAAGACAAAGGAGAAGCCGCUGCAGUACAGGGGAUACCACGAAACAGCACACAUUUUGAACCUGUUUUCCAAGACCCUGAGAAAGCAUCAGGUACUUCCAGCAGCACUUACGAACCUGGAGAGCAUUUACACGCUGCCAAACAUAGAGAUAUCGGACGCCUACAUGAAAUUGGAGGAGCACGCCAAGUGCUACCUGCAGAUAAAGGAGUACAGCGCAGGGCUGGACCUCCUGGGAAUGACAAACUUAAACUACUUCACGUCGGCCCAGAAGAGCGGAGUGUUCCUGAUGCGGGGCACGCUUUUGGAGGAGAGAGGGUCGCCGGAGGAGGCUGCGAAAGUUUACGCGCAGGCCGUGCAGGUGCACCCUACAAAUGCCGAAGUGUGGUACAAGUGGGGGCUGCUCUCCAGCAAAAUCAGCCCAAUAAAUGCGAUAAAUGCGUUCAUGCAGGCGGCUGCAAUAGCCCCGGGGGCGCUUUCUAGGAAGGCAAUUGUCGAGAUAGUUUCGCUCAUGGAGUCUGAGGGCGUAAACGAGGAAAUGGAAAAAGUCUUUGAAACAUCCGCAGGCGAGGUCGAUGCCUGGUGCUUUGUGCCCUUUAUUAUGCAGAUGGUUUCGAUUCUUUCCAGGACAGGGUCGCUGAUGGCGGCGUCGGCGCUUUCCAGAGUUGCCCGCGUGUACCCGCAGGCCGUGUACUUCCCCGUGCGAAACGCCCUGGAGGAGGAGAGAAAGCGGGGAAUGAAGGAGAAAGGCCCUGUUUCCGACCUGUGGACGUUUUUGAAGACCGGGUUUACGCUUAUGUGCAUAAACAUAGAAGGCAUUGUCGAGAGCUUCACGAUGCGGCUGAGGGCGUCCGCAGAGGAGGAGUUUUACAGGCUGCUGACAGCCCUGCUUUCAGAGGCCUUCCAGCAGCUUUUUGGAAAGGAGCCGAGAGAGAACGGGUCUUUGUCCGUGGCCAUACAGAAGAUUGCAGAGAUGAUCGGCCUCUCCUCGCUCGCCCAGAAGUACAAGGCAGCCUUUGACAGCGACUUUGCCCCGUUCCUGGAGGAGACGCUUUCUACACAGAGCAUUUUCGAGCUCUCCCAGCAGCUGAUGGUGUGGAAGAAGAGCCUGGAGAGGCUUUUGGCAGCGCACCCGAAGAACAUCAGCAUAGAGAACAUAUCGAGGCGACUCGUGGACUUCGACCAGAGAAACGACGACAUUGAAAUGUUUGGGCAGUACAUGGACAUAACGGACAGGGCUCCGCAGAUGGUCAAAAUAUCUCGCUUUGAGCCCGAGAUAAACAUAAAGAGAAGGGGCGGAAUAAGCCUGCGAGAGCUUGCAAUACGCGGAAGCAACGGCACGGUGUACCAGGUGCUUCUGCAGAUGCCUUCUGGAAAGACUGCCCGGCGAGAGGAGAGGUUUAUGCAGGCGCUUGCCCUGUUCAACGCGAGUGUUAGCCGGUCUGUGGAAAUUCGGAAGAGAAACGCGCAAGUCCCCAUAAAGAAAAUUGUUUCGCUGAACAACCAGACAAAAAUAUUUAUUGAGCCCGAGAACACGGUCUCUGUUAACCACAUCCUGAACACGGAGGUGGGCGUGGACAAAGCGUUCAAUAUGAUAUUCCAGUGCCGAAAGGACCUGCACGGGGACAACGAAAGAAGCCCGCUUAUGGAGGCAGACGCGCUGGACCCGGAGAAAAGAGUCGGGAUGUUUUUGAAGACGUCGGAGAAGCUUGGUGACAGCCUGAUGUACCGCUACUUUAUGCGGUCGUUCAACUCGCAGAGCGACUUCUUCUACUUCAGAAAGGCAUUCUCUGUCUCGCACAGCGUGCACUGCUUUAUGGCGUAUGUGUUUUCAAUAGGCUCCAGGAUGCCGUCGCGCGUCUUUGUGGGCGAGACCACGGGGAAAGUCUACUCAACGGACUUCUACCCGUCAUUCUGCAACAGGCCUGCGUUUGAGGAGGUCCCUUUCAGGCUCACGCCAAACAUACAGAAGCUCAUUGGACGAGCCGGGCUCGAGGGGCCUUUCUUCACGACGAUGUACCACAUGGCAAGUGCGUUCAGCACGAAGACGUACCUCCUGCGGUUCAUGGAUGUGCUCGCCAAGGAGGAAGAAGGCGCAGAGCACGGAAGGGAAAGCAUGCAGGUGGUUCGGCAAAAGGUUUUGGAGCUUCUGCGGCUGGAUGAUCCCUCGGGGGGCAUUGUCAAGCUUGUAGGGAAUGCCACAGCCCCUGAAAGGCUCUGCAUGAUGGACCCGCAGUGGCACCCUUGGAUGUAG